UUAUCAUCUUAAAACUUUUUUAGUUAGAUCAUACAUAUGAGAAUUGCAUAAUAAAGCAAAUCGUGUCAAAUGCUUUAACAAAAAAAAUUUUUCACUUUUGAUGAAUAAGAAUAAAUUAAUACAGCAGAAACAACACCUAAUUCUUCUGGGAAUUAAGAAAAACCGUAAUUAGUGAAAUAUAGAAAUCAAAUACCCCCUGAUUCUUAAACUGCAAGAGAGCUUCAUGAAGCAUCAAUCUAAUCACAUUGGUAUGUAGAAACACCUUAAGAAUACUUAGAUAAACGUAUUGUAAAGCUCAAGAAACAAAAAUGUAUAUAUUAUAUAUAUGAUUAUUUAUAGAUGAAAAAGUUGUUGUAUUAGAUCUGGAUGAGACAUUAAUUUAUCAUAAGCAUAAUAAGACUUAAGUUCGACCCUUUUGUCAUGAAUUCUUAUUAAGAUUAUCAAGGAUUUGUACUUUAAUACUUUUCACUGCUGCUAAAAAAGAGCAUGCAAUAAACGUAAUUUAAUUGAUAUAUUUAAAGAUGUUAAAAAUAAUAGAUCCAAAUAAAAAGUUUUUUAAAGCCAUAUGUACAUCAGAACACAUGGUUGGAAAUGUUAAAGAUUUGAGAAUUUUUCAAACUGAUCUCAAAGAUAUUUUAAUUGUUGAAAAUUCUCCUAAAAAAUUUAUGUAAAUUUAUUAUAUAAAAUAGUGCUUAAAUCAAUAAUGGUAUUCCAAUCUUACCUUUUGAAGGCCAAUAAACAGAUAACUAACUUGAACUUUUACUUUCAUUUUUAGAAAUAGUUUUAUUAGUUGAUGACGUACGUCUUUAAUUGGCAAACAUCUUUAAAUUAUAAUCUUUUUAUAAAGAACUAAAUGGAAAAUAGGCUAUAAUUAAGUUAUAUAAUCCUAAUAAAAUUGAUUGA